CAAUCACCUUGCUUCUUACACGGCAGCAAUAAACAUGGACGUCAAAACUGAAAAUAAGGCAUCGAUACGUGGCGUAACGAGAGAAAUUUAGAUAAUGUAAGGUAGAAAAAAUGCAACAAACAGAUGUUUAUGACUAAAUCAGAGAGUUUACACAUAAGGAAAUAGUAAGGAGAACCAAUAAUGUAUUCAAGGACAGAGAAAUACAGUAGUCAGAAUUUCGUAAAAUGGAAGACUGUGCUGAUAUUAUCCUCUUUGUUUUAUCUGUGCUUUGUGGUUCAUAUGACAGAGGCAAAUGAAGGGACACAGGAGGUCAAAAAACAAUCAAAAGAUAGAACAGCUCAAGAACAAAAUUUACCCAAGAAUGAUAUCGGUGAUUCUAGGGUUAAGAAAACAGUUACAGAGGAGUCUUCUAGGCAAGAUAGUGAACUUGAUAUGGACAAAAGUAAUGAGAAACACCAAUCACAAAUAACCAUAUCUCAAAAUUUUGACAAUAAAGCCAAAGUCCCUGAUCCAAAAAUUGAAGUAAAUACUGGUAAGAAUGAUAAACUACAAGCCCCUGAAAGGGAAAGUACCAUUACAGAGACAAAACAUACUCCACAUAUCAAAAUGGAGUCCCCAUCAAGUCAAUACAGUGCAUCCCAACCUAACAACCCUAAUGAUAAACUUAAUGAAAAAGUAGAGCCGCCUGUCCAAAUCACUCCUCCUGAGCCCCAAGUCCAGCCCCUAGUGGAAAACAAGCCCCAGGUCCAGCCCCCAGUGGAGAACAAGCCCCAAGUCCAGCCCCCAGUGGAGAACAAGCCCCAAGUCCAGCCCCCAGUGGAGAACAAGCCCCAAGUCCAGCCCCCAGUGGAGAACAAGCCCCAAGUCCAGCCCCCAGUGGAGAACAAGCCCCAAGUCCAGUCCCCAAAGCAGGAUAGCCCCUCUGUCCAACCCCAAGUUGAGGAUAGCCCCUCUGUCCAAUCCUCCAGUGACAACCUGUCCCCAGAAGUUGUUGAAGAAAGUGCCUCAGGCCAGAAUCCAUCAAACAGUCAAUUAAAAGAUCAAACGCUAAAUCAAGGGGAAGGCCUAGACUCAUUGUCAGAAAAGGAUUCCACUGACUCAUUCACAGAAAAUGAUGUCAUCAGAGAUGACACAAAGCAACACAGCCAAAGAGAUCCUCAAGUAGAGACCCCACACGCAGAGGAAUCGGAGAGCCAGGGUGAGAGAUCAAGCAGUGAACAGCCAGACCAAGUAGAUGAAGGUUUGAAAAGCAAUGAAGAGGUUUUUGAAAGGAUUAAGAAUUUUAAGAAAACACAUGGACGACUUCCAGAUUUGGAUGACCCAGAUGAAAAGAGAGAGAUCACUGGUGUUAAACACCAGAAAGAAAAUGGCAUUGUUACAGAUCAAGUCACAGAGGAUGAUUUUCCAAGUCCAUUUCUGAAGGAAGAACUUGAUGCAGAUCAAAUAGAGGAAAUAUCUAGUUCACUGGACAACAAUGUCAAAACAACAACAGUGGUGUUUAAACCUGAUGAACAUGGGAAUAUCAGAGUGCAGAAGUAUACCCAGACAAGAGAUGCUGACGGGGUGUAUACCACUGAUGUUUAUGAAGGCACGAAUGAAAUGUCAGAAAAUCAGAAUGCCGAAGAGCAUUAUGAUGCAGAACAGAACUAUGGGGACGAUGACGACCAAUUUUUCCAAAACCCUGAUGAUUUUUUCCAAGACAAUGAAGACAUGGAUGAAGGGGAAGACGUAGAGGAAGAACCGCAGGAAGAACUCACUGCUGAACAGCGCCAAGCUCAGGAAUACUACAGUCAAGGAGAAGCCCUCAUCAAUCGAACCUAUGACAAGGACCAGCACCAGGCAAUGGAAUAUUUCCAGAUGGCAGCCAAGUUGAACCAUACUCAAGCACUGGAGCAUGUGGCUUUUGCCUAUAUUCUUGGGGAUUAUUUACCACAAGACACUGAAAAGGCAAAGCUUAUGUUUCAGGAUCUGGCUGCAAGGGGGUCCCCCAAGGGACAGCUAGGACUCGCCUUUCUUUAUAGUACAGGAAUUGGAGUCAAUUCCAGCCAGGCAAAGUCCCUUGUGUACUUUACUUUCGCAUCACUGGGAGGGGAUCCUUUGGCUCAGAUGUCUUUGGGUUACCGUUAUUGGUCAGGGAUAGGUGUAGAGAGGAAAUGUGAGACAGCGCUGACAUAUUACAGAAAGGUAGCAACAACAGUGGCCGAUGCGGUGACCAUGUCUGGUGGUCCCAUCGUCCAGCGGAUCCGUCUCCAGGAGGAAGCCGAGAACCAGGUCACGGGACAGAGCAUGAUGAUGGACGAUGACCUACUUCAGUACUACCACUUCCUGGCUGACAAGGGUGAUGUUCAGGCCCAGGUGGUGCUAGGUCAACUCUACUUCCAGGGGGGACGUGGCGUGGGGAUCAACCACGAGAGAGCCCUUCAUUAUUUCCUGAUGGCGGCGGAGUCUGGUAAUGCUAACGCCUUUGCUUUUCUUGGAAAGAUGUACUCAGAAGGCAGCCCAGCUGUAAAGCAAAGUAACGAAACAGCAUUCAGUUAUUUCAAGAAAGCUGCAGACAAGGGAAAUCCAGUUGGUCAGACAGGACUUGGAAUGCUGUAUAUGUAUGGAAAAGGAGUAGAUAAGGAUUACACCAAAGCCAUUAAGUACUUCAGUCUAGCUGCAGACCAGGGCUGGGUGGAUGGACAACUACAGCUUGCUCUCAUGUAUUAUGGUGGAAGAGGUACACGUCGGGACUACAAACUAGCUGUGAAGUACUUUAACUUGGCCUCUCAGGGCGGCCAUGUUUUAGCUUUCUACAACUUAGCCCAGAUGCAUGCCACUGGUACAGGUGUACUAAGAAACUGCCACACUGCAGUAGAGUUGUUCAAGAAUGUGGCAGAGAGAGGGCGCUGGGCAGAAAUGAUGCCCGAGGCGUACAAUAUGUACAAGGAAGGCCACCUCGAUCAGGCCCUUAUGAAGUAUGUCUUCCUCGCGGAGCUGGGGUACGAGGUGGCACAAUCCAAUGUGGCCUACAUGUUAGACCAAGGUGAGGUUGGAAUGUUUGAGAACACAGAGGUUCUGGAGAGGGCACUGUUACAGUGGUCCAGGGCCGCUUCCCAGGGUUCCACAGUGGCCCGAGUCAAAAUGGGCGACUACCAUUACUAUGGAUAUGGUACAAAGAUUGACUAUGAGACAGCGGCUAGUCAUUAUCGCCUGGCCUCGGAACAACAGCACAGUGCGCAGGCCAUGUUUAAUCUGGGUUACAUGCAUGAGCAAGGCCUAGGCCUCAAACAGGAUGUGCAUUUAGCCAAGAGGUUUUACGACAUGGCAGCUGAAACAAGCGUGGAUGCCCAUGUCCCUGUGACUCUAGCCUUGAUCAAACUAGGAUUAUUUUACGGUCUAGAGGUAUUUAGCAAAGAGAUGGAGGACUACCAAAGACUGUUCACUAGGUUUGACCCCCGCUUCCUGCUGGGACCUGACUGGGACAUCUAUCUAAUGACAUUCCUGGCUCUUUUACUCGGGUUCAUUGUAUUACUACGCAGGGUCAGGUGACACAGGCACUAUUUACGGGAGUGAACUCAACAAUAGGCCAUUAUUACAUGAAUUUGAAAAUCCAGUGUUUUUAUUCAGUCUUUCUAAUUUAGUAAUAAAUGAAAAACAUAUUAUAAUUCUAUACAAUGUGUACAUGUAGCAAGUCAAAAAUCCAAGUCAUAAGAAUCAAGAAUACCUUCACUUUUCAAUAAAAAUGGGUUUAUAUAGAACCAAAGUAGAGGAAUGGAGGAUUGAUUUUUUGAAGGUCCUCAAAAUAUUCACUCUUUUUCAACAUUCUUUGGGUGAGGAUGUUUAAAUCGCUCAUUUCUUAGCAUCAUGUAUAAACAGUGAUAACGGGGUUCCAUUGUGGGAAUCUUGUAAAUCUAUGGAAUCUGAUGAUGUGUUUGAAAUUGAAAGAGAAAUGUGAACACGGACUUUGAAUUUUGUGAUGAAUGUUAAUUUUUUACAUUGUACAUUGGUUUACUGAGAUGCGUUUUUGUUGUGGUGUUGUACAAGACCUUUGUUUUCAUUUUUAAUCCACAAGAAGUGUGAAAGAGUGUGUGAGAUAGGAGUGCCAUAAAAGAAUGGGAAAGGGACUGCAUGUGUGAUUGUGGAAGUGGUCGGUGUGUGUAUGUGGAGUGAGGGUGAUUCUGUUGUUUGGUGCAUAUGCAGAGAAAAUCUGAUCCUGUAUUUAUUUUGACAGGGAAUAAAUGAAUGAUAAAAAUUGAUA